AUGGAAAAUAAGCUCUAUUCAAAAGUGCUUCUAGUUUUAGUUACAAUUUUUGUUUCAACUUCUUACACAAACCAACUUCAUCUUCAAUCUUCACAUACUCACACUCUUCUAAGAAUCAAACGCCUGUUAAACUUCCCUUCGAUUUUAAGCACGUGGAAUUCAAACACUGAUUUUUGCAACACAGAUUCAAAAGCUUCUCUAACUGUUGUAUGCUAUGAAGAAACCAUAACUCAGCUUCACAUAGUCGGUGAAACAACAGCAAAACUUCUUCCGAAAAACUUCUCAGUAGAUUCAUUUUUCGCAACACUUUCACGCAUUCCGUCUCUUAAAGUCCUCACACUAGUUUCCUUAGGGUUAUGGGGUCCGCUUCCCGGAAAAAUCGCGAGUUUAUCAUCUUUAGAGAUUGUUAACAUGAGUUCGAAUUUUCUAUAUGGAACUGUCCCUCAAGAGCUUCCGUUGCUUUCGAAUCUUCAAGCACUCGUUCUCGAUAACAAUAUGUUUGAUGGACAUUUACCCGAUUGGUUGGACUCGUUUCCGUCGUUAACUGUUUUGAAUUUGAAACAAAACUUAUUCAACGGUUCGCUUCCUGAUUCGCUGAGUAGCUUGACGAAUAUGCGAGUUCUCUCGCUUUCUGGUAACCGUUUCAACGGAUCGGUGCCCGAUUUGAGCCGGUUGGUUAAUCUUCAAGUGUUGGAGUUGGAUGAUAAUGGAUUUGGACCUAAUUUUCCUAGAAUUUGUAACAAGUUGGUUACUUGCAGUCUAAGAAACAACAAGUUUAGGUCUAGUUUACCUGAUAACAUGAGUUCGUAUUAUCAACUCGAGAGAUUCGACAUCUCGGGAAAUGCGUUCGUUGGACCGAUUCAAUUAGAAUUGUUUUCACUUCCUUCGAUUACUUAUCUCAACAUUUCGAGAAACAAAUUAUCAGGAAUGCUUUUUGAGAAUCUGUCGUGUAAUUCGGUUCUAGAAGAAGUUGAUCUGUCUUCGAAUCUUUUGAGUGGAAAAUUACCGAAAUGUUUAGUGUCGAAUUCCAAUGAUAGGAGUUUCUUGUAUGGUGGAAAUUGUUUUGAGGAAACGAAUCGAAAUCAAAAUCAACAUGAACAAUCUUUCUGUCACACUGAAGCUAUAGCUGUUGGAAUAGUUCCUAAUGAGAGAAAGAAGCAUAAAAGAGUUUCUAAAACAGUUCUUUCUUUCGGGAUAGUUGGUGGAGUUUUCGGAGGAUUCGCACUUCUUGCAUUGAUUUUUAGUAUUAUUAGACGAAAAAACGGUAAAAGCAUGAUGAUGACGAAGAAUUCUAAAACAAAAUUGAUAUCAGAAAAUGCAGCUUCUGGAUACACUUCUAAGUUAAUCACUGAUGCAGGGUAUGUAUCUAAAACAAUGAACUUUGGAAGUGUUGGCCUACCACCUUAUAGAGCUUUUUCCCUAGAAGAGAUUAUGGCAGCUACUAACAACUUUGACACUACUUCUUUUAUGGGUGGUGAAGGUUCUCAAGGACAGAUGAAUAGAGGCCAACUAAAAGAAGGUUCACUAGUUGCUAUUAGAAGUGUAAAACUGACCAAAAGCUACAAGACUAAAGAUUUCAUGCAGCACAUAGAAAUGAUAUCAAAAUUCCGGCAUCAUCAUUUAGUUAGUGUUCUUGGACAUUGCUUUGAACAUUACUUGGACGAUUCAAAUGUCAGACGAAUAUUUAUCGUCUUUGAGUAUGUACCAAAUGGAUCACUCAAGAGCUGGAUCUCAGAUAGGCAUUAUAGAAAGUCGCUUACUUGGACUCAACGUGUUGCGGCUGCAACUGGAGUAGCGAAAGGAAUUCAAUUUUUGCAUACGGAGAUUGUUCCUGGCGUAUACUCGAACAAUAUCAAAAUCACGGAUGUUUUAUUGGAUCAGAACUUUGUUGCCAAAAUCAGUAGUUAUAACAUGCCUUUGUUAUCGAAAAGUCCUAGCUUUAACAAAAGUGUAAAAAGUGAAGACAAGUCUGAUAUAUAUGACUUUGGUGUGAUACUAAUGGAACUCAUUCUAGGAAGGACUAUAAAGUCGAGAAAUGUCGAAACCUUGAAGGACUUGUUGCAAGCAAGUAUAAUAUCAGAUGAUGAAGCUAGAAGAAGCAUUAUAGAUUCGUCGAUUCGUAACGCGUGUUUGGAUCAAUCGUUGAAGACAAUGAUGGAGAUUUGUGUGAGGUGUUUAGUUAAAGAGAUGGAAGAUAGGCCUUCUAUAGAAGAUGUUUUGUGGAAUUUGCAAUUUGCUUCUCAAGUUCAAGAUGCAUGGAGAGGAGGAGAGUCUCUAAGUAGUGAUAGCUCUCCCCUUUCGCCUUUACCGUCUCGACGUAUGAACUUCCAUUAG